CAAACUUAAUGAUAGGAACCGCUCUUUCUUUCAGCGUUGUUUCAGGAAGAGAAAUAGUGAAGCACCACUAACACCGCACUUGGGGUCAAAUGUGUUCUAUCUAAUGUAACAGCCUAACAUGUCUAGUUUUUCCAGAUCUGCCCAGCAAUGGGCGACGUUUGCAAGGUCCUGGUACUUGAUAGAUGCCCGAAUGCAGCCUCCGGGAAAAAUCGCUGCAAUGUGCUCGGUACGGCUUCAGGGGAAACACAAGCCGAUCUACCAUGCACUAAGUGAUAUUGGUGAUCACGUGGUGGUCAUGAACACCAGACACAUAGCGUUCUCCGGGAAUAAAUGGGAACAGAAGGUCUACUCCUCACACACAGGAUACCCAGGUGGUUUCAAGCAGCUCACAGCAGCCCAGAUGCACCAGAAAGACCCCACGGCUAUCAUAAAACUAGCUGUGUACGGGAUGCUCCCCAAAAACCUCAAGCGGAGGACCAUGAUGCAACGGCUACAUCUGUUCACUGAUGAUGUUCUUCCAGAUGACAUCUUGAGAAACCUGACUGAAGAGCUGCCACAGCCCCGGGCCAUUCCACGCAAACUCAGCGAGUACACACAAGCAGAACGCGACGCCUUCCCCCAACUCUGGACCCCGCCAGAGGACUACAGAAUGAAGUGACCUCAUCACACCACAGACUGGACAGAUUCAGUAUCCAACUAAAUGUUUUCCUUUUUUUUUUCUUUUCUUUCAUACUCUUGUCUAUAUGAAAUAAAGUAUCUUUAAAAACG